AUGGAGACAAAACGAUGCACGAGGUCAGAUCUGAGCCCUUACAUCAUCGCUAUCGUGGACUGUUUCUGUGCACGCUCUCACGGGAGAUGGUCGCGGACCUAUACCGAGUCGGGCGUUUUUGACGUCGUCGCCUCUGAGGCCACGAGCUCGAUCCCGAACCAUCGCAGCAAUCCUUCUGCCUACGUCUCCUUCGCCACUGCACCAGUCGGCGUCGACCGCUUCAACGACUCCGCCGCCUAUUCCUUAUUCUCUUUUCUUUCCUUUUCUUUUCAGCAAUCACCUAUGGGUGUCCGGACUCGACGUUCUGCCAAAUUCUCGCAAGAGAACGGUUCUCCGCUCUCUGUGGUAACCUCUGCAGACGAGUCCUCUAGCAGUUUGGCCAACGGCAAGGCCAAGGGGAAGGGCAAGAAGAAAAUGAACAAUAUCGAACAGCGAAGAAAGGGCGCCGUGAAAGCCGACUCGACCACCGCUGCCGAUCACCUCAUGGCGCACGAAUCCUUCAACCUCGACGACCCCGUACCGAAAACGCCCGUACUGAACAAUCAUGGAUUCUUGGACCUGCCCAGGCACGACCAGAGGAACUUUGGGCUGCUCGUGCUUCUGUACUUCCUGCAAGGUGUGCCUUUAGGGUUGGCGACAGGUUCUGUUCCGUUCCUUCUCAAGAGCCAUAUGUCCUACGCCGAGAUAGGCAUCUUCAGUUUGGCCUCGUAUCCGUACUCUCUGAAGCUACUAUGGAGCCCUAUUGUGGACGCCAUCUGGAGCCCAAAGGUCGGCCGAAGAAAGAGCUGGAUUCUGCCAAUCCAGCUCCUAUCUGGCAUGGGAAUGCUUUGGCUGGGCUCCGAGGUAGAGGACAUGAUGGCAAUGGUUGGAAAAGAGAACGGCCCGACCGUAUGGAACUUUACGGGGUGGUGGUUUUUCCUCGUCCUUAUGUGCGCCACCCAGGAUAUCGCAGUUGACGGAUGGGCUCUCACGCUUUUGACCCCUGGAAACGUCUCCUACGCCUCUACGGCACAGACUGUCGGCUUGACGGCUGGCCAAUUUCUUUCCUACACCGUUUUUCUGGCUUUCAACUCCAAGGACUUCGCCAACCGAUACUUCCGCGCUGAGCCCCUGGACUCCGGCCUCAUCAGCCUCGGUGGAUAUCUGAACUUUGCGGGCUGGCUCUACAUCAUUGUCACCAUCGGCCUGGCCACCCUGAAGAGGGAAGAGAGGACCAGGAACGAAGAUGGCAUCUGGGACGUCUACAAGAUCAUGUGGGGCGUACUGAAGCUUAAGAGCGUCCAAACCAUCAUGAUCGUCCAUCUCAUUGCCAAGAUCGGGUUCCAGGCCAACGACGGGGUCACCAACCUGAAGCUUCUGGACAAGGGCUUCGGAACAGACAACAUGGCUCUGACGGUUCUCAUCGACUUUCCUUUCGAGAUUGGGCUGGGUUAUUAUGCUGGAGUGUGGUCGCAGAAGUAUACUCCGAUGCGACUAUGGGCUUGGGGUUUCAUGGGACGACUGAUUGCUGCUCUAUUUGCGCAGUUCACGGUCAUCAUCUUCCCAGAUCAGGGCGUCACUUCAUGGUACCUGCUGGUGGUUAUUGCUGAGCACAUCUUCUCAACAUUCAUGAACACCAUCAUGUUUGUGGCCGUCUCGGCGUUCCAUGCUAGGAUCGCGGAUCCAGUCAUUGGUGGCACUUACAUGACUCUUCUUGCGACGAUUUCUAACCUGGGCGGCACACUGCCUCGGUACUUCGUUCUCCGUCUUGUUGAUGAGCUCACUAGCGCUACAUGCCAUCCUCCCACCUCGAUCUCUGACACAACCGCUAGUGUUAAAGGCCCGCUGGUUACCCAGCCAUUCUCCUGCUCUGUUCAGGCCGACAAAGAAAGGUGCAUCAAUGGUGGCGGCACUUGCGAGAUGAUCCGUGAUGGGUACUACAUAGUCAACCUCAUGUGCGUUGCCGUUGGUGUUGUCUCAUUUGUGUUGUAUAUCAGGCCCAAGGUCCUGCACUUGCAAGGCUUGCCGAUGAGAGCAUGGAGACUGUCGGCUGGUGGCAAGUAA